CCAGUGUCGUAUGUAGUGUGUGCGAGGCGGGUGUACCCAUCUCAUCUCCGUGGCUAUGCGGCUUUACACCCCGGCCAAGGCACUUCCGGACCACCUCCGCCGAGGGUGGCACCAAGAGGCACGGCUGCUUGGCCCCGGCUCGUCUUGGAGGCACUCCCGCGGGGCGUGCGUGGCAUCGGGGCACCGCCUCUGCUUAUGGCAUGAGUUGGCCUGAGGAAUGCAGACCCCAGGUACAGACGCAGGGGCGCCUUCGCUGCCGCCAGCCAUCGCUCACCAGUAUCAGCCGUCGACGUCGCUCGGGGAGGAUGUAGCCCCGCGGACCGACGCGCCGCCUCGCGAGGACCGGACUUUCAACUUCGACUCUCGACCAGCGGAUCUCGCCGACCGCUCCAUCGAGAAUGAACCCCGACUCGACGAAAGGUUGCAGAUUAAUGCUCCACGAAUUGACGACAAAACCCAGCUGAAUCUGGCACGACUAGACGACAAACUCCACCUGAACGGGCCCCUGCGCGAGGAACAGCUCCCGGGCAGCCCGACGCGAAGCCGCUUCAUCGGGGUCGAGGUGAACGGCGUGUCCCAAAACGGACCCCAGACGCUGAACCACGACAGCGUCCCUCACGAGAACGGUUCCGACACCCUGAGAUCGCUCGACAGUGUGCCGUGGAACCUCGACGGAACUCAGACCAUCAUAGAAAACGGGUCCAGAGCGGGCGUGAAAAAUGGCUCGGCGCUCGGCGAAGAAAACGGACAAGAAUCGCACAUCAGUCUGGAGGAGGAACUGAAGCAACACAGGGAAGAGAACAAGAGGCUCAAAGCUGCCCUGAGCGAGGCAGCCGAAGUGAACAACCAGUGGCGACAGUACCAUGACGAACGCCAGAGUUACGUUCAGCGCCUCCUGACGACCAUUCACGAACUGCAACAUUCCCAGCCCACCGCCCACUCUCCCAGACAGCUGGACGGUGAGGGAAGCAGCUCCGGCGGACAGGACGCUGAGAUCAGAAGACUUCGAGAGAGUAUGGCUCGAAUGCAGGCAGAUCACGAGGAACAUGUACAGCUGUUGGAGAUGCAGGUACGCGCCCACCGAGACGACUGGGAGGCUGAGAGGAGCGAGAAAAGGGCGGCGCAGACAUCGCUGGCAGAGGCGGAGGCGAGAACGGCCCUGUUGCUCCAGGAGUUGCAACUGUUGCAAGCUAAGCUGGCGGACACGGAGAGCAAGCGAGGCCUCUGCUGGCGCUGCCUUCUGCCGAGGACGGACUUCUCCAAUCGCUCGAGCCGCUGCAGCAGUACCUCCACCUCCGCCCAGGCGUCUCCUGUCCCGGCGCCCAACCCUCCCGGAGCUCCGUCGGCGCCUCCUGUCUCUGCGGCGCCCAACGAGCCUCCUCCUGCGCCGUUGAAGGGCUGGAUCCCUGUGUCUAUGCUGCACCAGAUCGCCUUCAGCGGCGCGACGCCCGAGCACCAGACGCCCGUGGUGCACGCCCAGCCCCGCGCCCAGCCCUCCUCGCGCCCGCAGACCCAGGGCCACCACCACCCCGCCUCCUCCUCCAAGUCGACCCCCGGGGGCCAGGCGUCGCUCGGAAAGGCCGCGGAUAAGACGCCGGCGGCUCAGAAGCAGGAGCCGCCCGCGCCCCACGUCGGGUCCUUGAAGCAGGAGGAGAGCAGGGGCGUCUCGACGGCAGGGAGCGCCCCCACCGCCGAAUCCAAGACGGGCGGCGUCGGCGGCGUCGCUGACGAGAAGAAGAAGUACGAAGCGAUGGGCGCGAGGCCGAAGGUGCUGGGCAACCUGCAGCCGCUGGCGGGCAAGGGCGUCGGGCUGAUCGAGGACGAGAAGUCGGCGAAACACCGCGCGCGCUCCAUCCUGGCGAGCGCCAUCCCAGUGUCCCCGGUGUCCAGCGGCCCCCCGACGCCCUGCGGCCCCAGCCUCACCCGCAGCCCGUCCACGCCCAACAUGCCCAAGGGCUACAUGCCCAUCACCUCAACCAUCCUUACGCCCAUCAACUUCCGUCAGCCCUUCGUCGCCCACAAGCGCCCGUCAACCAUGAAGCAGAUCACGCAGGCGGUGCAGGCGGCGUCGCAGGCCUCCUCCUCCGCCCGCGCCCGCAGCGAAACCUCCCCCUCGGGCGCGGGCGGCCGCCCCGACCCCUCGAGUGCCCAGUCGCCCCCCGUCAGCAGCCUCUCGUCGGCGCUCGCCCAGCCGCAUGGCGAGGCGCUCCUGCCGGCGCACUCUCGAAGCGACUCCUCGCCGGCCGCGAUCGGCCUCUCCUUCUCGGCGGGCGGAGGCGGCGCGUCGCAAGCUCCCGACGGCGAGGCGCCCGGCACGAGCAGCAAAGGCGAAGGUGGCGUCUCGGCCCCGGCGGGCGUGAAUACUCAGAGCGGAGUGGAGGACGCGCCCUCCGGAAGCAGCAAAAAUGAGAACAGUGGCGGGAAGGAAGCUGCGUCGCCGGCCAAAGGAAGCACAGCGUCCGAUAACGCUCAGAAACCACAGCCCGCCACGUCUUCUACGGCCGCUGAUUCGUCUAAUUUAACUGCCAAUAAUCAUGCUUCUAAAUCAUCCAGUUCAUCGUCUCCUCCAAAAACGGCAGUUACGUCGGACAGCACCAAAGUUACCACCACAAGCAACACCACAAACGGCCCUUCCAGCGCCGCGAAGACUGCUUCCUCCAGCGCCACAGUUGCCCCCUCCACUCAUGCAAAAGCUGCAGCCUCUACCAGCGCGAAAACUGCAGCAUCGAACAAUACCAAAGUAACUACCGGCAAUAACAGCACAGUCACCACGUCAAGUAACGCGACGGGAGUGACUUCUAAAAAUACAACAGUCGCUUCUUCUAACAGUACUACAACAUCAACGUCAGUUACCACAACCACCGCAAGAAACUCUACAGCGUCAAAUUCUAGCAAAGUCACAACCGCUGUUCCCAGCAGAACCACAGCUGUUACAAACAGUCAAAAUACAUCAGCGGCUACAAGCAGAAGUAUUUCGGGAACGUCUACUGCGGUUGCAGCUGUCCCUAACAAGACAGCAACAGUAAACUCCAGCAAAGCCGGCGCCUCGACAAAGAACACAGCCACGAAAACAGCAUCCAGUUCGUCGGCCGGUAACAACACAGCUGUUAGCUCUGCCAAAGCGUCAGCAGGGACUGCAAACAAAGCGGCGACCACCUCCGCCGGCGCAGCGAAUCCCCCUUCGGCAGGGCCCGCCGCCGUGCCCAACGCCAGCACGGCGAACGGCCUGCCGAAGAACGGCGCCGCCUCCGCCAGCUCGACGGCCUUCGCCUCGAUCACCGUGACCACGACGGCGGCGGGCACGGCGGGGGCGCACCCGACCUCCAGCGCCUCCACCUACUCUUCGGCCACGUCGUCGCGCUCCUCCUCGCCCGGGAUGUCCCUGACCACGUUCGGGCUCAACUCCGAGGGGCGCGGCAUCCCCGGCGCGAUCUUCUUCGCCCUCCGGCCGGAGCAGAAUGGCAUCCGCAGCCCCCAGCCGUGCCCCUCCUCGCGCGGCACCUCCGCCUCCUCCGUCAAGAGCCCGACGCCAGACUCUGUAGCUGCUGGUCAGUCGUACAGGCAAGCGCUGCCGCCGUCGGGAGUGAAGAGCCCGCCCAUCGUGGACCCGGCCACGAACGUCGUCAAGGAGGAGCACUGGUGGUCCGUGGAGAGCCCGGGGCGCAGCAGCACGCCCGGGCGGCAGCAGGGGGGCAAGCUGGUCAACUCGACGUGGGUGAGGCUGAUGGGCGGCCAGGCCAACAGCCGCCAGAGUUCGGGCCUGCCGUGGCGCACCGCCCGGGCCGUGUCGGGCCAGCAGCUCGACCAGGCGCGCCGCGCGUCGCACGAGGACAGCACGAGCGGCCCGACGUCGCCCAACAGCAUGUCCUCGACCGCCACCUUCAACUACACCCCCGCUGUGAACUCGCCGCCGUCGUCGAACCUGUCGUCCGCCACCAACUCGGCCACGACGUCGCCGCUGCCGGCGGUGAACCAGAGGCCCUGCGAGGACCUCCGGUCCAUGGCGUCCAAGAACAUCUCCUCCGCCAUCAUGAGCUACGAGCUGGGCAACAAGUGCGAGCCGCUCGGGUCGCCCGUGGGGGUGCCCCCCCCAGGCUGGCCGGGCCAGGGGCUGGACGCGACGAAGGCGGCGCCCGCCAACGACGGCGUGGCCACCAUGACGCGGCGGGACCUCGUGUGCCCCUCCUGCCAGAUGCUGUUCCCGCCGGAGAAGCACCUUCAGUUCCUGGACCACUUCGAGGUCUGCCGGGGGCCCGAGUACGCCGACCUAUGAUGAAAGGGAACGCGAUAUCUUUUAUGAAAAAGGGCUUUAGAGAGUGAACGUAAGUGUCUCAUUCUCUAAAUGCAAGACAGUAUAGAUUUUCGUUGAAUGCUAAUCUAUAAAACGUAUAGAGAAAGGCCAGUGUUGUUAAGCAGGAGGAUCGGAAAGAACUGCAGUGAGACACUGUUCGUAAUUCAUCUUGUAUGAGUUGUGAUCUUAGAGCGUAAAAGGGCAAAAUGCCGUCUCAGAAUUCACUAACAUAUCCAGUUCCUUCAACCCAUAUCUUAGCAACUUUUUUUUUGUUUUUUGUUUUUACUAUUAUUUUUUUCUGUAGUUCUACAAACGUACCUCUCAAUGAAUAAGAUUUUUCCUACAGAGAAAGAGUUAUACAUUACCAUUUACAAUUUGGCUGAUCGUAUGACUUAAACAGAGGGGUUGAACCAUACAUUAUAUUCCGAGGGAAAACCAUUAUAUAUAUAUAUAUAUAUAU